AUGAUAUCUCGAUUUAUAUCCAAGCAACUGUUGACUUCACUCACAACCAAAAGAUACUCAUCUAUUAUAGCAGUUCAUAGAGAAACCAAAGAAGACAAUCAAAAUAUACCUUUUGAAUUCAAUUCCGAAAACAAAAAAAGAGCUGAUGAAAUAAUUGCAAAAUAUCCACCACAAUAUAAAAAGGGGGCUACUAUGCCUCUAUUGGAUUUAGGUCAACGUCAAUUAGGUUUCACUUCUAUUUCUGUAAUGAAUUAUGUUGCAAAAUUAUUAGAUAUGCCACCAAUGAGAGUAUACGAAGUUGCUACAUUUUAUACCAUGUACAAUAGAAAACCAAUGGGUAAAUACAAUGUACAAGUAUGUACAACCACGCCUUGUCAAUUAUGUGGAAGUGAUGGAAUAAUGAAGGCAAUCACAGAAUAUCUUAAGAUAAAACCAGGCCAAACUACUAAAGAUAACUUAUUCACAUUACAAGAAGUUGAAUGUUUGGGUGCUUGUGUAAAUGCCCCAAUGAUGGCCAUAAAUGAUGAUUAUGUUGAAGAUUUGACCCCUGAAUCAACAGUUGAAGUAUUGAAGGAGUUACAAGAAGGAAAAGACUUGAGUACUAUUGGGCCUGUUAUGGAUAAAAGAGAGUCAUGUGAGCCAUUUAGUGGACAAAAAGUGUUACUAGGUAAAGAACCAACUGAUAUAAGGAAGUUUACUAGAUCAGAUUUGUAA